AUGAUUAGAAAAGAUCUGUACCAGAAUACUGUUAUCAGAAGCACCAUUUUCUUUGAAUAUGCCAUUGGAAUCUUGGGCAAUGCCAUCCUCCUUCUCUUCCAUAUCCUCAUCUUCCUUCUUGAGCACAAUCCCAAGCCCACCGACCUGCCCAUUGGGCUCUUGGCUCUCACCCACCUAGCGAUGCUGAUAACCGCAGCAAUCAUAGCUACAGACAUUUUAAUGUUCUGGGAGGGUUUUUGGGGUGACAUCACAUGUAAAUCACUUGUCUACUUACACAGGUUUAUCAGGGCCCUGUCUGUCUGCAUCACCUGCCUGCUGAGCGUCCUCCAGGCCAUCACCCUCAGCCCUAGAAACUCUUGGUUGGCAAAGUUCAAGAGUAAAUCCCCACAUCACUACCUGUGUUCUGUUCUUGUGCUGUGGGUCUUCUACAUGUUAGCGAACAGUCACAUCUUUUUGUCUGUCAUUGGUACCCCCAAUUUUACCUCCAGCAAUCUUGUCUAUGUAUCUAAAUCCUGCUCCGUUUGUCCCAUUUCUCACACUCUCAGGCAGGUAUUUUCUACACUGCUGACCUUACGGGAAGUCUUCCUCAUGGGCCUCAUGUUCCUCUCCAGUGGACACAUGGCCCUUCUCCUGUGCAGGCACAAGAGGCGUUCCCGGCAUCUUCACCGCACCAGCCUUUCUCCAAACGCUUCCCCAGAGCAAAGGGCCACCCGGACCAUUCUGCUGCUCAUGAGUUUCUUUUUGGUGAUGUCCAUUUUGUUCUACAGUAUCCAUGUCUCACGAAUUAUGUGGAAUGAUGACCCAAUUUUAUUUUAUAUCCUGAUUCUUGUUGGCCAUAUUUAUGCCACAGUCAGUCCACUGGUGUUGAUCAGUGCUGAUAAACGUGUGAUCAUCUUUGUGAGAACCAUGUGUGGUAGAGAGUAAAUAUUUAAUUAUUCAGAGUUGGGUAUGUCCUCAAAAUUAGAUAAUGCAUUGUGAAAUAUACCAUGUGCCAGGUGACUCCAGUUACAAUGUAGAAUUAUGGCUUUUUCCCAGUAUAUUUAUUACUUUGACAUAUACG